GAGCGAGCAGAGCCGUCUGCGCAUGCGGGAGCCGGUCGCGAGCUAUCUCUCGAGGGAGGCGGACGUUUCGUUUUUUUGAGCUGAGGGGAGGGAAAGGAAGCAAGCACGCCUGCCUGAAUGAGGGACUGCUGUUGGUUGUGUGAGGAGAGAUUAUGGCGGGUGGAGGCUGAGGGAGCGAGGCCCAGGUUGGGGUAGGAUAGGCAAGGUCAGGGAAACACCUGAGGAGGAAGAAGGGAAGGAGAAGAUACUGUUUAGCAGGCUGAGGGGGGCCUUGGCCUGAGUGUGUGGACAGCAGAGGCUGUACUGUGUGUGAGAGAGAGUGAUUGUGGGGGUAUUUAGUUUGGAAAUGAUAAUAUUGCAGUAGCAUAGUAGGGAAGCUCUCUUGUUAUAUAUAUAUGAGUGAUUGGGGGUAUUUAGUGGGAAAUAAUAUUAUUGCACUCAUAUUAUUAUGAGUGAUUGUGGGGGUAUUAAGUGGGAAAUAAUAUUGCAAUAUUUAGUGAAAAAUAAUAUUAUUGCACUCAUAUUAUUAUGAGUGAUUGUGGGGGUAUUUAGUGGGAAAUAAUAUUAUUGCAGUAUUUAGUGGGAAAUAAUAUUAUUGCAUUCUUAAUAUUAUGAGUGAUUGUGGGGGUAUUUAGUGAGAAAUAGUAUUAUUGCAGUAUUUAGUGGGAAAUUAUAUUAUUGCACUCAUAAUAUUAUUAUGAGUGAUUGUGGGGGUAUUUAGUGGGAAAUAAUAUUACUGCACUCAUAUUAUUAUGAGUGAUUUUAGUGGGAAAUAAUAUUAUUGCACUCUUAAUAUUAUUAUGAGUGAUUGUGGGGAUAUUAAGUGGGAAAUAAUAUUAUUGCAGUAGUGGGGAAAAUAGAGGGAGGCAGAAGAAAAGGAGUUUUCUGGAAGCAGAGAAGAUGCAUAUUGUGAUAUUGGACUAGCCUUGCAAUUGUGGGGAUGUGGCAAGGCCUAUUUGUUUAGCUCUUUGUGUCCAAACUGUGAGAAAUAAUAUUGCAAUAACAUAGAAGUGAGAGAGAAGGGUCAUAAGAGGAGGAGUUCUCUGAGGAUAGGAAAAAUGCAUGGCAUGGGGUUGGAGUAACUUUGCAAUUCUGUAUUUGAGGAAUCUAUUUAGCUGUGAGUGUCCCAGCUGUGGAAAAUAAUUUUGCAAUACUUGGGAGGGAAAAGGGAGGUAGAAAAGGAGUGCUUUCCUGGCACCAGGAGUAGUCUUGCAAGUGUGUAUGGGGUGGUACUCAGCUGUCUAAACUGUGGAAAAUAAUCAUGUAAUAGCAUAGUAGGGGGGAAGGGGAGGAGCAUUUUUCUGAGAGGAGGAAAAAUGCAUGCUGUGUGGGUGGAAUAAUCUUGUAACUGUAUGUGUCUAAGGGGCAGGAUGGGGUGUGUUCAGAGAGAGAGUCACUAAAGCAUUGGGAGAAGUGGUUGUAGAGAGAAGGGAUUAUAGGAAGGAGAUUCUCAGUAGGUGGAGAGUAUCUGUCUCUGAUUUGGAAACUGAAUAGAGAAGGGGAGUGGCUCAAGGGUCAGGAUGGGUGGUGAGGGAGCUGAUAUGGGGGAGCCUGGGGAGGGUGGCGAGGAGAGUGGUGGUGAGCCCUUGAAGGUGGCUGUGGUGCAUCCCUUCCAGCAGAAUGGAUGUCUCCCAGGCAAAGAGAUUGAACACAGCAGCUGCUCCACACCUUUGGUAGCUGAGAGCGAUGUGGAACUUGGAAGUGGUGUCCCUUCCUUUCCUAAUCUUGAGGAGCAUCCAGAGGUGGAAGCGAUGCUGUCCUCCUCCACAUCAGGAAGUAAGCUGACCACUCGGCUUUCCAAGCGCAGGCUGGUGGUGCUGGCUAUCUUCAGCUUGUACUCCCUGGUAAAUGCCUUCCAGUGGAUCCAGUAUAGUAUAUUGACAACUAUCUUCAUUGAAUACUACAAUGUCUCAACUUCUCAGAUUGAUUGGCUCUCCAUGGCAUACAUGGUGACAUACAUUCCUCUGAUUUUUCCAGCCACUUGGCUGCUGGACAUUCGUGGCCUUCGCCUCACUGCCUUGCUGGGCUCUGGACUCAACUGUUUGGGUGCUUGGAUUAAGUGUGCCAGUGUUCAACGAAACCUCUACCCAGUUACCUUGUUGGCACAGAUUGUGUGUUCUGUAGCUCAGGUUUUUAUUUUGGGACUGCCCUCUCGGAUUGCCUCUGUCUGGUUUGGACCCAAGGAAGUGUCCACUGCUUGCGCUGUAGCUGUGCUUGGAAAUCAGCUAGGCACAGCAAUUGGCUUCUUAUUGCCCCCAGUCUUAGUUCCAAACACAGCUGAUGACAUGGAUCUCAUGGGGUAUAACAUACGAAAUAUGUUCUAUGGAACAGCAGCCAUAUCUACAUUCCUCUUUAUCCUAGUAGCAUUUGUGUUUAAGGAAAAACCUAAAUAUCCUCCAAGUCAGUCUCAAGCAGUUCUCCUCAAUGUAUCUACAGAAGAUCACUCGUAUAUAAAAUCGAUUGUCAACCUGUUCAAAAAUGUUCCUUUUGUUCUUUUGCUAAUAAGUUAUGGAAUAAUGACUGGAGCCUUUUAUUCAGUUUCAACCCUUCUAAACCAAAUGAUAGAUUCUCAUUAUAAAGGAGAAGAAGUGAAUGCGGGAAGGAUUGGCCUGACACUUGUGGUAGCUGGCAUGGUAGGCUCAGUUAUUUGUGGCUUAUGGCUGGAUCGCACCAAAACGUACAAGCAGACAACAUUAAUUGUGUAUAUCCUCUCUUUUGUGGGGAUGAUUGUAUUUACAUUCACCUUGGAUUGUGGACACCUAAUAGUCGUAUUUGUGACUGGUGGAGCACUUGGCUUCUUUAUGACUGGUUACCUCCCCCUUGGAUUUGAAUUUGCUGUGGAAAUCACAUACCCAGAGCCAGAAGGCACCUCAUCAGGGCUUUUGAAUGCUUCAGCACAGAUAUUUGGAAUAAUCUUUACACUGAUUCAAGGGAAACUCACUACAGAUUACAAUCCCCGUGCAGGAAACAUUUUCCUCUUUGUAUGGAUGUUUAUAGGUAUCAUUUUAACAGCUUUAAUCAAAUCAGAUUUGCGGAGGCACAAUGUGAAUUCAGGGAUAAAUGUUGAUGCUAAAUCUACACCAGUUGAUUCUAAUACAGAAGAUGGACGCAAUAAAAUUGUAUCAAAAAGCCCAUCUGAAACAAAAAUUUAAACAGGACGAUGCUAAAGUUCUGCAGUUGUCACAUUAUACCAAGUGGAAGUCGCCUAAUGACAAGAUUUGUAUUCCUGAAGGUAGAGCCAUAGCUACCAGCAAUGAUAAUGCCACACAAUUUCUGUAUGUACUAAAAAUGCACAUACUCUACUGGGGACACAUUUUUCAGUGAUUAUACUGGCAAGUUCCACCAUGGUUUUAAAGAAAACAUUCUUAUCUUAUUCCUGGAAUCUGUGCAUUUUCAAAACUAUAUGAGACCACUUUCAGUUCUAUGACAACAAGUCGCAAAUAGGUUGAGAUUUAAAACAAAAGAUUCACUCCCUGGGUUUUUGGAACAGGUUUUUGGUGCACGUGAAGGGCUCCAUUGAAAGUGUGGAUUGACUUCUGCUUGUACUGACUUCUGUUUUGGAGCAAGUAGAUGACCAGAGAUGGACAUGGCCCAUGAAAUGUGUGCAUUGAAUGGACUGCCAUAAAUUAAGGGAGUGUGUUUUUUAACUUGGAUUUUUUUUUAUUGGAAGUGUUCACCUACCCUUUUGGUGGGAGGGUAUGAGACCCAGCAAAUUUUUGUGUUGUACUGUAUAUUUUAUUUGUCAUUUCUGUUUAUUUUAAAAGGAUUGCGGUUUAUGAAAGUUGCAAAUGCAUAUCAAAGACAUAUAUACAUUUUAUUUUAUUCACGGGAAAUACCUUACAGCCUGUUAUUUUGAAAAUAACAGACAUAUUGAUCUGUGAGCAACAAAAUCCCCAGAGUUACUUUUUUUUCUAACUUCUUUUUCUUUGCAUUCUAAAAAUGCAUAUUUUGUAUCAUGGGAAUGACAAAGAAGUAUUUCCAAAUCUUUCGAAGGCUUGUUCUGUUAGCUGCUCUCCACUUGUUCAUGAAUGUGUUUUAGCGAACAAGAAAUGUUAGUGAUUUGGCAUUUUUGUGAAAAAAAAUGCAAGAGCCCACAGUGGGUCUCUGCUGUUUCACCUAGUCAUAGAUAUAUGCAGAUUUCUGUGCAAUUUAGUGAAUCAUGUAACAGAAGAACCAGGACUCACUUCUAAGGUUUUGAUGUACAUUCCUUUUUGCAGUUAGGGGAACAUGCCUGUGUGUGUGCGUGUUUGCUGUCUGGUGGAAGUUUGUGAGUUUUUAUCUGUCUAGAAAUAUUAACUGUCUGUCUCCUAAAUGUUCCUCCAUUAUGAUAUUCCUUUAGUGCAGUUUGCCUGGGAAUAAAUUAUUAUUAACCCUUACAUUCCUUCUACCUUUAAAGGAAGAAUGAAAGUGAAAAGUUUCUUUUCCUGAGCAAACCGAUGCUGCUACUAUCAAUUAUCAAGUCAGUAGGAACAAUUUUUCUCCUGUUUGAAAUGGAAGACAAUUUUAUUUUCUACAGUGAAUUCUUCUGGUUUGAUAAUAUACAUUAGACAUAGGCAAACUUCGGCCCUUCAGGUGUUUUGGACUUCGACUCCCACAAUUCAACUCCCACAAAGGAAAGGGCCUCAGGCUUAAGGGAAGAGUUGUAGUUUUAUAAGUCAUUUCACCUUCUCUGUCAAAGAGUGCUGGUCCCUCAUGAAACUGCGACUCCUAGGAUUCCAUAGUGUUGAACCAUUGUAGUUAAAGUAAUUUCACACUGUAUUAAUUCUACACUGUAGAUUGACCCUUAAAGAGAAAAACCAUGAUCCAACUAAAAUAGACUUCUGAAGUCCUGAAACAGGACAAAUCUCUGUUUUAAAAACCAGUUUGCCUGGGUUGCAGAGAAAAUUCAGAUUUUUUCUGAAAUAACGCCUAUUAAAAUGUGUGUUUGUGUGUAUGUUGAACCCUUCUUAUGUAAGCAGUCAUUUAUUCAUAUUCAAUAACUUCUCAAACUUUCCAGUGGGACCUGUGACCUGUUGCUAAGCACAGCUGCAUCCUUACUCCAUGACCUAAAGCAGGGGUCCUCAAAUUUUUUAAGCAGAGGGCCAAGUUACAAUCCCUCAAACUGUUAGAGGGAUGGAUUAUAAUUUGAAAACAGCAUGAAUGAAUUCCUAUGUACACUGCACAUAUCUUUUUUGUAGUGCAAGAAACACUUUAAAACAAUACAAUAAUUAAAAUGAAGAACAAAUAGAAACUGAUUAGUAUUUAAAUGGGAAGUAUGGGCCUGCUUUUGGCUGAUGAGAUAGGAUUGUUGUUGUGGUGGUGGUGUGCUUUCAAGUCGUUUCAGACUUAGGUUGAUCCUGAGCAAGGGCUGGGUAAAUGACCUUGGAGGGCCGUAUCCGGUCCUCUGGCCUUAGUUUGAGGACCCCUGACCUAAAGGAUAUAGAAAUUCAGGCAGUCCCUGAGUUACAAACAUCUGACUUACAAAUGAGUGAAUUUCCCUGCUUUAGGGGUAGAUUUCUCUCACUUCCUGUUGUCUCACCCCUGUUCUUAACUAUGAAUCAUUUGUAAGUCAGAUUUUCCCAAUGAUAAUGGGAAAAGGUGUCUUUACUGAAGUUUUCUCACCAAUCCUUGUUUCCACAACAAGCCAUUUUUUUUUCAAAAUCAAUUAUUACAGGGUCAGAAAAUGAGGUGAAAUCUUCUGAACAGGGGCACAGACAGCAAAACAAACACUACAAGGGUGUUAACCCUUCCCGAAAGCCACCACCACCACCACCUAUAUAUAUAUAUAUAUGGCUAGAGUUAUACUUUAUAAAUGUACAUGUUCCAACUUAGUAUUGACCUGCUGCUAAAAAUGCGGUUAGUUCAGUAGUCACUAGCACUAACUUCCUCAGUAUACUUCAGGUUGAUCUUAUGUCAGAAUAUAGUAAGGCUGACAUUUAGGUCACACUGUCUGUGUUUGUUAAAUAUUAUACCUCGGAUAUGAAAGCUUGUUCUGAUGCCUAAUUUAAAAGGGCUGUUCUCACUGAUGCUCCUGAAUCAUCCUCAAAGUUUCUUUAAAUGCUGAGCUGCAGAGAGAUUCUGAAAAAAGGCUCAUCUGACCACAUGGUUGAGUAGAAAAAACUAAACAAGGUGUUUGCGCAGCGUCUCAAAACAUGUAUACAGAAUAUUAAUCUGUUUGCUCAAAGUAAACUCUAGUGCUGUGUCUAGAGCUCUAGAAGUUUCUAUAUGCUCUUUUGAUAUUGUACAGUGCACAUAACUUACUGGUGAGCCAUUAAUACCCUGAUAUAUGAGCAUAUUCACAUUUUAAAUUUGUCUCCCCUCCUAAUUUUUAAGAAGUAUUUAGCUUCAGUUAUUCAGGUCAUAGCCAGUGCCUAACAAUGCACUGUCUCCUUUAGCACACAUUAUGUGCAAGUAUUCAUCCAUUUAUGUGCAGCUGGAUGUCAACAAGUUUUUAAAAACCCUUGCCCAAAUCUGGUUAUGCUGCAUAUGCAUGUUCAGUAUCUUGAAUACAGCUAGUCUAGAAUAGAAGGGACCAACCUCCUUACCCCUUUGUCCUACUUGUAAUGUGGAUUUUAGGGCUUAAAGAGAUGUUGGAUUCCUUUUUUUACAGUAUUCAGUUCAUAGUUUAGAGACCUUAAUCCUUUUAAGUCUCCUGUUUCUUUCCAAAGUGCAAAAUUACUCCUUACAAACUGUAAAACUCUAAAUAUAUUUGACAUGGCAGAAGGCCUGCUGGGGUUUUAAAAACAAGGCAGCCUUAUAAUGAGGGCUUAAUUGCAGCUCAGAUGGAUUGAUUCUGAAAUAAGACGAUGUAGGUCUUAGUCUGGGCUUUGGCCAGAUACCACCAAAUUGUAUUCCUGGUCAUUGUGUUGUCGAAGGCUUUCAUGGCCGGAAUCACUGGGUUGUUGUAGGUUUUUUGGGCUGUAUGACCAUGUUCUAGAAGCAUUCUCUCCUGACAUUUUGCCUGCAUCUAUGGCAGGCAUCCUCAGAGGUUGUGAGGUUGCCACAGAUGCAGGCGAAACGUCAGGAGAGAAUGUUUCUAGAAUAUGGGCAAACAGCCCAAAAAACCUACAACAACCUAUUCCUGGUCAAAUUAAACAUAAAGUAUGAAGAGGUGCUUUGCAAGUUUUAACUAACAAAUUGUCUUGCAUAGUGUUGGUCAACUGGUAAGUGUGCAUUUGAAGCAUCCCUUAUAGUUUUCAUUUUUUUUUAGCCCUGAGAGAAUCUAAAGAGAAAUGAAAUGAACCAAAAAUAUGCUUAGUCUCUCAUAUAACAGAAUUUGAUCAAGCCCAAAACUCGCUGGUAUGUACAGUGGGUUCCUACUGAUUUGGGGAGGGGAGAACACACAAUUUCCAUAUAGUUUGAACACUGUAGGAUCUGAAUCCUAUGUAUCAAUUCUUAUGUGGUAAGAUUCCUGAUCAUUUGACUGACUUGGCUUCCUCAAUUGGGGUCAGCUUACAUGCAGAAUAAGGUUAUUUUAAAUAGAACAGUGAAUCCUGAUCUUCACACUGAUGUUUAGGAUCAGUCAUGCUCUGUCACUGUUUGAGAUUUAUCUUCUCACUCUUGAGAAUUCAGGCUCCUUUACUAGAAUUGAUCCUUCUCAAGUUGGCAUAUUCUUUAUUAUGCAAUCAUGUGAGGCCAUUUUCUAUGUCCUUCACCCUCUUAUCUCCCCAAAUUUUGGCUUCAAAAAUAGUUACUUCCACCUUGGGGAUGGGAUGAGGAUUAAUUGGUCAUUUGAAGAUGGAGAGCUUAUUUUGGUAUGGAAAAUAGAAACUACCUUUCAGUUUCUGUUUUGAAAAAAGGCCUCCAUGAUCCUAAAAGUGAUGGGGAGAUGGUCCAAAAUGACCAGUUGUCCCUGGAGGUUUUACAAUAUGCCAUUUUCCCAAAAGUGUAGUAUAGUCUGGAUGUAGAGUGUGGAAGCUCUUCCUGAGCCUUGAAUGUUGCCCAGCCAUACUUUAGAUUAUUAGUGUUGUGGUUUAAUUCUUAGUAUAUAUCCUUGAUAUGCUGUAUUCCCAGUAAGGUUUUUUUUUCAUGUCAGAAGCAAUUUGAGAAACUGCAGGUUAACUGUUACAUACUUUUAAAUGGUUUUCAAGUACUGUAUAAUUUUAACAUCCACAAUAUCAGUUAUACUGUAGACCCUUAGUGAACUGAACAUGUGACCUGCAUAACUUCAUUUGUGUCUUUUUAGACUUGUUUACUGCUCUGAAUGCUCAAAAUGAACAAACCUUGAAAUUGCUUCUAAAUGUUCUUUGCAAAUGUUGACUAUUAUCAUGUUUUCUCUCAAGCUGACCUCAUUUUGGAGCAAGUGUGUGAUAUGUGUGCAAGCCUGGGAGACAGAACCGCCUUUGCAAAAGUCUGCAGUAGUACCUGCAAUUUCGACAGUAUGUGUAGGAUUUCUGUGGCUCUGUAUUUUUUACCAUUACCUAGACAUAAUCACAUUUUUAAAUUGUGCGUUAUGAAAUGCACAUUUUCCCUGAUGAAAAUGUAAGUGCCUCCUCUGUUAAUGCUUUUAUUCAGUAUAAUAUUUCCUUUAGAUGUUACUGGACUAUAAAUCCUAUUGUUCCUUAAUAUUGACUAUGCUGGUUUGGGUCAUUCAAAAUGGUAACCCCCUUAUAGAGAGCUGCAUGAUUCCAACCCUGCUCUAAACCAAUGUUUCUGCCUUAUAAUUUGUCUUGGAGAUGAAGGAGGGCAGGAAACUUUGAUUUUCUGUGCAAUGCUAUGCCAGUUACAUUGUCAGGGUUUCCACUGAGCCAACAGAAAGCCUACAUGUACAUCUAGGUUAAAUAUUAUUUCUGUGACCCAUUCAUUAAUCAACAUUGUUUGUGGAUCUUGUUUUGAAAAGGUUCCAAAUCCAUCUAACAAAUUUUAUAGAAAUCGAAAAAACAUGCUGUGGAUAUGCAUUCUUUUGCUCUAAAAUGCACCUUGUACCAAAGUGUUUGUAUACAUUUUGAUAGCUUUGAUCUGUACAUGAUGUUUUACUCCUAGCCAACAAUGUGCUGCCACCUAUAACUCAUUUUUCAUUUUGUUUUUAUUUGGUACCUUUUUGGAAACAAACUCCACAUUUGUUUCAAGACUAUCUUGGCUCAUGCCAUGUUAUCCUGUUUGUUAGGCCACUGUUAUUAACAUGUACUACAGAUGUCUUUCCAAAUAUUAAUGUAUUUGCCAACCUGAUUUUAUAACUGCGGAAGGCUCUUCAGCACUGACAGCAAAAUGAACUCUUGGAUCCGCCUCUCUUCUGACAGUGCAAUGGCACAAGGACAGAUUAAACCAAAUCUGGACCCUAAGUUCUCACAACAUGUUUACUAGUGUAUUUUAUAGAGUUAGAUAGAACUAAUGCAAUCCUGGAAUGUCUUAAAAUAGUUGCCUCUGAUCAAGUUUGUAAACUCAGUUUCAGUUGCUUUAGCCAAUUUUAUGUGUCCUGUCUUUGACUAUCUGAAAGUGGAAAUGAUGCCAUUUUCUUUGCUGAUGCUCCUUGUGGGUCAUGUGGAUGUGAAUGGGAAAACAUGACUCUUGAAAUGAUGAUAAUCUGGGUAGGCAAAAUGGAAUCCUCCAAAUGUUAUUGGACUCUAGCAUUUCUCAGCAUUGAAUAUCCUGGCUAGAGGACAAGGGCUGAUGUGCAUUGCAGUCCAAGCAUUUUGGAGGGUUGCAUUUUGGCUUGCCAUCAAUGAUACCUCUCUGUAAAUGGGUGCUGUGUUUCACUAAUUAUUCCAAGUACGUUAUUUUUUAAAAAAUGAAAGAGGAACCAUAUUCUCAUUGCUGCUGUCAUAUCUUCACUGGGCAUAUUUCCCACCAUCACUGUGAUAUUUUAAAAUUUGCUGUAAACAACUGACUAUUUUUUAGAAAAUUACUCUUUUUAAUAGCUCUCUUUUGAAUUAGCAAACCAUAUCGCAAUCCAACGUUUACUCAUUUUUCUAAAGGCAUGCUAUUCAGCAUUAUCUGCCUGCUACUUUCAAGACAUAAAAUAACUCGUGGUCCAUUCACACUAUAUCAUUACGGAGUGAUAUUCCAUUUUAACUCUCACGAUAGCUGCCUAGGGAAUCCAGGGAUAUGCAGUUUAGAGAAGAUCAGUUAGAGUGUUCAACCAGAGAGCUAUGGUGCCUGACCAAACUACAAAUCCCAGGAUUCCAUUCGAUGUUGAUCUGGUAUUUAAAAUGACAUCAUAUUGCUAUAUGCGUAAUGUGGAAGUGCCCUUUUUUCUAGAUGGCACCAAGCUGCACUAUGUACCAUCUGUUUGCACGUGAUUUCAUUUUCAGAUAUCCCUCCAAGCCCUGUGAUAUAAGUAUUAUAGACUGACCUAUUGAGGCUUAGAAACCCACUUGAAGAUGCAAUUGAUUCUGACUGUGCUAGUCUUGGAUUUGAUCUGUUUGUUGCAGAUUCUUGCUCUGUUUAGUUAUCAACAUGGGGUUGUUUUGGAAAAAUCGCAGUACAAAAGGGUCAAGCAGUAGUCUGCAGAGCUUUGUGAGUACUAUAAUGACUAUGAAAUACUUUCCCCAUUCAAAGUGUGUUCCUAGUGAUUACUCUGGCAGAAAAUAAAUACAGCUCCUUUUCCUAACAGACCUUUUCAUCUAGUUAAUAAUGGCAAUGUAUAGAAUUGUCUGUUUUGUCCAAAAGUUUAAUACCUGCUUAACUGCAGUAAACAAACAAACAAACAAAAGGAUUGACUGUCUCAAAAGGUACCUAUGCCAUGGCUUUCUUAAUGAAUUGAAUAGGUAGACCUUGAUGGUUAGAAACAUGUUAAGGCACACACAAUUGCCAAAUUUAAGGUCUGGCUUUUGAUCUGCAUAUUGGAUAUAUUUUGAUACAAUAAUAAUACAAAAGAAGUCUUUGUUAUCAGUCACUAGUCUCCCUGUAAGAUAAUCUCCCAGAGUUUAAUUUUGCAUUUGUAAUGGUGAUCAAAGGACUCCAAGUGGUGCAGCGAGUUAAGCCGCUGAGCUGCUGAAUUUACUGACCAGAAGGUUGGAAGUUUGAAUCCAGGGAGCAGGGUGAGCUCCCGCUGUUAGCUCCCGCUGUUAGCUUCUGCCAACCUAGCAGUUUGAAAACAUGCAAAUGUGAGUAGAUCAAUAGGUACCACUUUGGCGGGAAGGUAACGCCACUCCAUGCAGUCAUGCCAGUCACUUGACCUUGGAGGUGUCUACGGACAACGCCGGCUCUUUGGCUUAGAAAUUGAGAUGAGCACCCCCACCCCCAGAAUCGGACAUGACUAGACCAAAUGUCAGGGGAAACCUUUACCUUUAAUGAUGAUUAAGAACAGCUAAGAGUUUUCACUUAAAAGUAGAGCUGUCUUGUAAUGGAGUCUCUCCAGGCCUGCAUUUUAGACUUGUGACUGUAGGAAGGAGCAAAAUGACCAUGAAAGGGUUUCAGUGGAGCCCCAUCAUCAAAUGGGAAGAUAGGAUCUUAGAUACUUCUUAGUCAGUCCUAGUCUUUAACCAGCUUCCUCUUUUAUUGGAACUCUAGUCUUGGAGCAGAGAGGAAAAGGCAUUUUGUGUUAGUGGGAGCACAUAAACCUGAUGAAUCUACAAUCUUUUUGGGCUCCAACUACAUUCCCAGCUUGGUGGGAUUUAGUUUAGCCCCAAACUGGUCUACAUGCAUUGUUUCCAGUGGGAAGGGGUUGAAUUAUAUUUCAGAAAGAACAAUAGCUUCCUCCACUUUUUUCCCCUUAGAGACAAGAGACCAGGAGGCUUUUGGACAGAAUUUGAGUGUCUUUUCAUUAGACCUUCAGUUCCCUUAGGUUUGUGUGCUAAAAUAUAAAUAACAGUAUGUAAUAUUUUAGAUCUGGGAAGGGGUAUAAUAAUAACUACAGACCUAGUGAGACCCAACCACUGCAGAGUUGUUAUCAUGACCAUAGUUUUUUUUUUUUUGCUAUGUCUCAGAUCCAUGAGCUCCAUAAUUGAGAUGGUUACAAGUCAGCAAAUGACAAAUUAAAAAAUAAAUAUAUCCUUGUCUUCUUGAAUGUAUUUGAACUGUAACUCAUUUUUGUAUUGUUUGUACUUGCCAAUAUUGGGGGUAUCUCUAUUGCUGUACUACUAAAUAAAAGUCUUGUGGAAAGAGUGCCGUUUGA